UUUUGGGGGGGUAAGUUGGAGUUUAGCUAAAAUUUUAGUGCACUGCCAGCUGUUUUUGGCUAAUUUAGACAUAUUUCAAUUUUGUUGUCUUGUUUGGAGUGUAGCUAACAUUUUAGCAAAUAUGCUACCUUUAUUUCAGCUCAUUUUGACAUAUUUCCAGUUUUCUUGGCUAAUUUGGAGUUAAGAUAACAUUUUAGCAUUCUUCUAGCUGUUUUGGGCUAAUUUAGACAUAUUUCCAUUUUUUUUUUCUUUUUUUUUUUGCUAAUUUGGAGUAUAGCUAACAUUUUAGCAGUAUGCUAGCUCUUUUUGGCUAAUUUAGACAUAUUUCCAGUUUUUUGUCAAAUUUGGAGUUUAGCUAACAUUUUAGCAUUAUUCUAGCUGUUUAUGGCUAACUUACACAUAUUUCCAUUUUGUAGGCUUAUUUGGAGUGUAGCUAACAUUUUAGCAUUAUGUUAGCUCUUUUUUAAUUUCGACAUAAUUCGAUUUUUUUGCUCAUUCACAGUUAAGCUUAUAUUUUAGCAUUAUGCUAGCUGUUUAUGGCUAAUUUAUACAUAUCUCCAGUGUUUUUCCUAAUUUGGCAUUUAUCUAUUAUUUUAUUAAGCUUUCAGCAUUUUCAGAUAACUGUUUUGUGGCCACAUUCAGUUUACAGCAUUCACACUUGCAUUAUCGCAGGUAAUGCUAAAAACCUAGCUACUAUUAAAAUUAAUGUAUCUAUAUUUAAACUCUGAAAAAUGUUCACAAACUUUUUCCCUUCUUACCAAUCACAGUGCAACAGCACACAGCAUAAGUACAUAUGCCGUAUUUAAUCUGGGAUUAAGCCAAUCCUAGUUCCUUAACAAAGCAGCUCUUUUAAAAUGUCAUUACCACCACACAGUUUGGUGAUGCUGCUAUUGCUUUAAGUUCCUCUAUACUGGUCUUAAAAACCUGCUGAGUUAGUUCACAUAAUGGAAUGGCUGGAAUAAGUACAUAUCUUUGCAGUUUUGUUCAGGUCUCGGCCUAAAAUUCCCACGUCAGCAGGGUGGAUUCUUGUUGACACGCGGUGUUGACCUCUGCUCUUAAAGGAUUAGGACAUUUUUCGCUACUGAAAUGUGAUUAAUGACUUGUUCCUGUGCAUGCAGCGUUACCUGCCAAUAAUACUUCCUUCUAGUGCCUUGGGAUCAUGUAGAACCAUAUUUAUGCUGUCCUCGUUCUAAUGAAUCGAGUUUUUGUAUUUCUUCUGCCAGGUUUCUAGGUUUAAUUUCACGUCUGAUACGAUGUUUUUUUUUUUUGUCUUAUCAGGAAAUGUGUUUUUUCAUGGUUGAAGCAUAAUCCUUUGAUUGUUUUCUUCCGUAGUUCCUAGCAUUUUUUUCUUUUUUCUUAUUAUUCUUGCUGUUUGUGUGAGCUGCUUUAUGCAGAUAUGGGUUUUGCUCAAAUUUACAUACAAAUAGAAAACUCUGACAAGCGGCACUAUGAUUCUUUAACCCCUUGUUUUGCUUUCAUUUUGAAAACUAAAACUUUUGACCUCGUAUCCAUUGUGCCUAAUUUUUCUCCAGACACACUCAUGUUCAACGGCUGCACAUUAUCCACUUCCUGGAAAUCUCGUUGCUCAAGUGCAGUCGGUGUGUCUUACUCAGGCAGAUUUUUUUUAAAAUUAUUUGUCACAACAGAAACUUGAUCUUCGAGUUCAGAGAGGGGUGUGUGUCUUUCCUUUUCUGCUACAUCCUGGUUUUUAUUUUGCCCUGAACACCUGACCUCUUUUUUUGCAUAUCCAAAUACCAUUUGUAGUGGUUGCUAUAAGCAUGGGAGAUGUUAUCAGUCACUGAUGGUCUGGAAAUGUGCUUUUGCCUGGGAUUUUGGAGCAUCUGAAGUACACCUGAAAGGAUUCUCGUUCAGAAAACUUUGGAAUCUGAAAUGAUGAAAUGUCAAGGUAAGGUUUUACCUUUUGUCCAGAUAUGUAGGUUUGGUUUUAUAAUCGCUGAUCAUCUUCUUUCUGUUCUUUUGGCAGCUGUUCUGCAUCUCACAGCAGUGAUCCUUGUACUUCUUGUAGCAUGGGAAUUUGUCAAGACCUCAUUUGAAGUCCAGACUUUCCAAUGGACAAAAGUUACAAAUAUUCUGAAUACCGAGGGAGAAAUCAGAGCAGAAAUUAAAUCUGCGCCGAAGUGCAGCCUCUCCAGAGACUGCCCUCCCGAUCGGUUUGCUUUGAGUGUCAGGAGCGGCGCUGGGGACAUUGUUGGGCCACGUAUCUGUUUCAACGGUAAAACCAUUAUGAAUAAUGUAUUGAACAAUGUGGGAGAAGGACUGAACAUUGUGGUGGUGGAUGGUGAAAGAGGAGUCGUUGAAAAAUAUGGCUUUCUUAACAUGGAUAUUGGAAACAGAGACGAUAUCCUGGCAUACUUGAAAGAAAUCCAACCUGGGAGGAUUGUGCUGGUGGCUUCAUUCCAAGAUGUUGCAACACUACUGACAGACGAAAUUAAGGAGAUAUUUGUUGGGAUGGGAAGCUCUUUCAUCACUUCCCUGAAACUCAAAGACAACUGGGUGUUUGUCGGGAGAGCGGGGACAAAAAUCAAAAGCGUCUUUGAGAAGCAAGCUGUUAAUGACGAGAAAACCAACGCUUUUGAAAAAUGGCCAAACAUGGUGGAGGUGGCCGGAUGUUUCCCGAGGUCCCUAAACGCCACGCUAUAACCCAGGAGUGAAAGGAAAAUAUGGGAGGGCCAAGCAAACAGACUGCAUUCUUUGAACCAUAGUAAUAACAUUAAAUGCAAAUGAAGUA